UUUCCAAAGAGCAAACCGUACAUCAGUCUUGUCUAAACAGUUUGUCAUAAAGUUUAAAUACUUCCUUCCGGUUGCACGCGAUGUUAUCAAGUUCGCGCAUAUUCGGCCGCUGGGCAUGCGGCUGGAAAAUUUCAAACGUCAAAGCAUCUAGCAAUCUUUUCUCGAAGGUCGACUCGUCGUCAGUUACAAUCUUUCUCGGGAGUUGCCCGAUAACUCGGUCGCAACUUGAGAGAAGUUCUCUUUGCAAAAUCUUUUUUUUUUCACAAUUUUCUAUUUAUAAUUUCCUUUUUAUAAUUUUCUCAUCUCCAAUACUUUCUAAACCGCAAUUUUUUCACCAAUAAAUAUGUAUUGAAUUACUUAAAAAAAAACUUGUACCUAAACUUUUCCCGUUAACUCCAACACUUAAUUUUUUUUUCUAAAUCCUAAUUUUAAAAUUUUUCAAUAUUUUUUACUGACCGUGAAUUUUAUUAUCUCAAUUUUUUAAUGAAUUGCCGCACUAAUCUCCGAUGUUUUAUCAUUUUUAUACGGUCACAUGGGAUCUUGUGCGUUUAUUAUGCAAAUGUUUGUUUCUGCCUUCCGGGGUUUUCAACCGUGAACAAUAUUGAUUGACACGUUUCAACAAAAGUUGUAUAAUAAUCAGGAACGUUAUCGUUGCGUCCGUGUCACGGAUAAGCGUGUAUCUUUAGCACAGAACGGAGAAGGGAAGGGCAGGGAGUUCAGGUAACAGUGAUUCUCCUUGACCUAGUCUUUCUGCGAGUGAGCGCGUCGCGUCGUGCGUGUGCCACGCUGGAGCCAUCGUUCGAGACGUGAAUUAAUCAGACACAUGGAUCUCUAGACAUUGCGACUUUCAGUUACGUUUCUAGUUUUGCGAUUUAGAAGUCCCCGCGGCACGCCGUUUGGCCGAAUAAUAUUUCGCUCUCUCUCAAGGAUCGAUUCUAGGACAAAUAAUUCAUUUGUUCUCCGCGCGCCAAGGAUCUCUGCCGUUUCUAUUUCUGUAUAUACCAUUUAUUCUAUUGUAGUUUUGUAUGCCAAAGUUACAUUCAUCAAUGAUCCUUUACGAGUUAUAUACGUGAGAUGUUCUACAUAUUUGUUGCAAUGUUGUGUCUUGUUUUUCUAGAGAGUUUCACCACGAUACAAUAUUGAUUUGCACUAUUUUUACAAAAAAAAAAAAUAAUAAUUUUAAUUUUGCAAUAUUUUAACGUAAGUCUAUCUACGUGACUACAUUAUUGUUACUAACAAACCUCUUUUUUCACAUGUUUGCUACUGGAUAUUUGAAAAACUAACUCUGAUUUCUCGACGAUCGUUACUUUUUUUAUAGCUGAUAAUUUGCGUGAGGAGAAUUGAUGUUUGUCGGGCAUUAUUUAAGUCGCGUUUAACUAUAUAGCCGAUGUGUGUCGCGAACUAUCGUGCGAGGCUUAUGUAAACAGAGCUAUUUACGCGUACUAUUAUUGUAACGCGCUCUUCGAUUUAUAAGUAUUAAAUAUUUUAUGCUCGCGUAUAUAUAUAUACUAUAUGCAGACGAAUGCAAAUAUACUCGCGAUCCGGAUAUCGAUGCGCGGCAAUCAAUUAUAGCGAUCGAAUGUAAAUACGCGCGCGUUGCGCAACGCGCGCUUUGUUUUUUAUCGUCUCUCUACGUAUGUAAAUGCAGGUCAGGUACAUCAUCGAUCAUCGAUUUUCUCGAAAGCACAUUAAAGUUACUUUAUAAUAGUUUACAGUUGAUUCAGCUUAUUUAACUAACACAUAGUGUUUACACAUGAAUAAUAUGUAUUGUUUGCAGAUAUAACAGAGACCGACAGGGAGCAAGAAAGUCCGAGUCUCGUGUUCGACAAGCGCCAUUUUGACGCCGAGGAGGAUGUUCGCAAAUUAGCUCAACGUCAGUCACGAUUAAAAAACACAUCCGUCCGAUAUUAAGUAUAAUUGAAAAGCGUAACAUCUAUGUGUAGACAGCCGCGCCUCUGUCAUUUUACGUAUAAUUCAAGACGACAAUCGAUUUUUUAGACUUUUUGUCAGCAAAACUCUGUCAUUUACGCGCAAUAUUAUUUUUUUUUCUCUCUCUCUCUUUCUCUUUCAAUUAGUUGAUUAAUUUAACUUUAGUAAUGCGUGGUUUUUUUUCGGAAGUACGAAAUCCUGUAUGAACUACUUAGCUCAUCAACGCGCACAAUAUUUUAACACACUGGUGAACAUGAACACGUAAGCAAGGUAUCGGCUGCUUAGAUUUUUAUCUUAUCGCGGAUCCAGUGUUAUAUUUGAUACACUCUAAAUUUAUUUAAAUACAUAUUUAUCGCGCGCAAAAGCGUACGUGAUUCUCAUGCCGAUCAAAAUAGUCAACAAUAGUUUUUUUUUUUUUUUAUUCUUCAAAGAUUCGGAAUUGCGAAUAUAAAUCUGCGAAAUUUUAUCGUUGCUCGGCAUUCAAGUUUCGCUGUCUAAUUCAUAUGAUUUUUUAUUUGUUUUGUCAACUUCAACUUUCUUCGUAUUUAUUUUAUCUAUUUUAUCUAUUUUUAGCGCUGGUCUAUUUAAAUUCGCAAUAUAAUGUCGCUGCCCCAAAUGGACCCCGCAGUAUCUCAAGUCUCCCCGACGACGCUAUCGCGUCACUCUUCUGUAAGGCCGAUCACUCUCGAGUAGAAUUUUAACUUGGUCGAUUUGGUACUCUCGGUUCAGUCGCUGUCUUUGAGCCGCAAACGACACAUCGUUCUCGACACAUUGAGACAAAUGUGUUACAUGCCGAUGUUUAUCGUCGACUUAUAAUCCACUUCGCGACUCUGAUCGCCCUGCAUUAUCAUUUAUUGUGAAAUUUGACCAAUCUCAAGUGUUGUUUGUUGUGCGAGCACGUUUCUCACUACUUAUAAACAUAGUGUCCGAAAGAAACGCAGGUCGAAUGUUGCGGACAAAUUGAAUUUUGAUUUGACUUAGAUGCUCUGUGUGCUUGAAGUUGAGAAAAUAUGCGCGUGAGAGCUUCUGAUAAAAUUCUAGUCUUACGUUAAUAUAUUCUAUUUUUGGAUUCGUAUUUUUAGAUUAAUAUUUAAUAAAUAAUAAGUUUGCUUGAAUUUAAUUAUUUCAAAAAGUGAAAGUUAAUUAUAAAGAUUAAAAAUAAUGUUGACUUUUGCGUUUUAACACCAUCAUGGAAAUGACUGAAUUUUUGAUGCAACGUUGUUUGAAAAAAAAAAAAUAAUAAAUUACGUAUGCGGAAAUAUCUACGUAGUUAAGAUUACACGAUUGUGUGUACGCGUUUCUCGAACAAUCUUUGAUCUUCGCAACAAAAAUAAUCGAUCAAUCGCGACUUUUGUUUAAAUCCAAGCAAUUGACUCCAAUCGUCUACGAAACAGAAUAAUCUCGAUAAGACUUUGCGAUUGUGGUCGUCAAUUGAAAUAAUCUCAAUUUGCAACAGGUCGGGUUGUGUGCAACAAUUGUUUCUAAACAUUUCUUCGGCAAACUGUGUCUCUUUCACGGAGUCUUUCGCGCGUGUAACUCACAGGCGCGUGAUAACAUAUAUGCAUUUACGUGUAAUGAGAACGGACACGAGAAAUCGCGAUUUUCAACAGUGCGAAAUUACGUAAUUCCGCGUAAUUCAAUGUGAUUGCGAGAUCGGGAAAACGUAAUUUAUACAUACAUACGUAUAAAUAUAUUAUAUAUUUAUGGCAUCGCCACCGAGUAAAUAUUUCUUCCCAAGCGAGGAGGAAGACAUCUGGGAAGACAAACUGUUUCCAAAUCAUUUCUCUGGCAAAACGGAUGUGCGUGACAUCGAGGAUGAAAAAACACACACUUUCGAGACCACCACACUUGACAAUGGCGAUUACUUAACUAUCAAGGGGCCGCAGGAUCUCGAUAGGUAUUUAUUGACAGCUACCGCGCCCAGUAUCGUGAAAAUAUUGUUAGUCUUUAGAAAAGAUGACCAGCAGAUGAACAUACUCGCUUCUACGGCGGGAAGACUGAACUGGAGCGUGUCGGUGGCGCACAACGCGGAAAAAGCAAUAGAACUCUAUCAAAAUCGGGCCCACGAGAUAGUUAUAAUCGAUCAUAGGGGACAUCGCGCGACCGAGGGCGACGCUAUUUGUAGAGCGAUCAGGUUAACUCCGGUUUAUCACAAUUCCGUUAUCAUAGCACUCGUCAAGAAAUCAUAUUUCAUGCUCGAAGAGAAGGAUCAUAUUACAUCGGUGAACUUGUUGGAAACAGGUUUUACCAGAGCGUUGUUGGAGUGUUCUCACGAAGGUAUAUUAAUAAACGAAUUAAUAGGAAUCUAUGCUAGCUCGUUAUUGCCUAGAACGCAACUCGCAGCUGCGCAUGCAUUAUAUUUGGCACUUGACAGGUGUCACGAUAUGGUGCACGUGACUGACGAUAAAAACGUUGUGCAGUUUCUAAACAAAGUCAGCGAAAAAUUGUUAGGGUAUAAGAAGGAGGAAGUAUUGGGGAGAAAUCUCUCGGACAUAGUCUACUACGAAAAUUUCGCUCUCAUGGAGCAACAAUUGAGUAAGGGUCACGAAUUCGAAGGAAAUAUGAAUUGCAAGAGGAAAAACAAUCAAACGGUCACGAUCAAUUGCAGGAUAAUUCCGUUCUGCACGACGUUAAAAAAGCCAACUCAUUACAUAUACGUCUACGACACGAUCUAUCUGUCGGAAAAUUUAGUUGGCAGUCCGAUCGGCAGCCCACUGCACCUUUCGUACAGGUCAAGUGUGUUGAACGCAAGGAGAACUUCUGGAUCCGAAGGCCGCAGACGAUCCAGCUUACAGAAAUUAAAUUGCUUGCACUUAGAAGCUCCUAUUACGAAAGUCAUUACGCUUCUCACAAGCGCGAUUACCGAGUCAACUAAUCCGGAAACAGCGGCGCAGAUCGACAAGGCGAUCGAUAUCCUAAAGACGACGGAACUUUACGUGCCACAUGUUAAGGAAGACAGAGCGAUGUACAGCGAUCCGGUUACGGCUGAUCUCGUUGGCGCGUUAAUUGCUUCUCCGCGAAAUGCGUGGGAAUCGAGAAGAUCGUCGUCAGAUUCGGCAAGAAUGUCUACUAUCAGAGCCGUCACAAGUCCGGCCAACAUGCUGAUAAAAACUGCUCACGGAUCGCAGCAAAUCAUGGAAUUGCUGGACAAGUGUUUAGAGUGGGAAUUUGAUAUAUUUAAGCUUGAAGUGUUGACUGAGAGAAGGCCACUUGUUUUUCUGGGCUCGGCGAUCAUGAAUAUGUUUCAAGUGUCGGCUAAGUUGAAUUGCGACGAAAGAGUUAUGCGUAACUGGCUGGCGAUUAUCGAGCACAAUUACAUCGCGGAGAACAGCUAUCACAAUUCGACGCAUGCCGCCGACGUCUUGCAAGCGACCGCGAGAUUUAUGCAGUCAAAGAGAAUGAAACAAAUCUUAGACCCGCUGGACGAGGUCGCCGCGUUAAUCGCCGCCGUUGCGCACGAUAUCGAUCAUCCUGGACGGUCCAGUCAAUUUCUUUGCAACGCCAACAAUCGUUUGGCGAUACUCUACAAUGAUCUGUCGGUUCUCGAGUCGCAUCACGCAGCCUUGACGUUCAAAUUAACUUUAUCCGAUGACAGUGUAAAUAUUUUUAAGAAUCUAGAACGAGAUACGUACAAAUUGCUGCGGCAAAAUGUCAUUGACAUGAUUCUGGCGACUGAAAUGACGAAGCACUUCGAACACCUGGCGAGGUUCAUGAACGUCUGUAGCGCGAGAAUCGGCGACUGUCAAGAUUCAUAUUCCGAUUCUCUGGACAUGUCCGUGAUACUGCAGCCGGAUAACGUGAUACUCGUCAAACGAAUGAUGAUCAAAUGCGCGGAUGUGUCCAAUCCGACGCGGCCGCUCAAGUGUUGCAUCGAAUGGGCGCGACGUAUCGCUCAGGAGUAUUUUAGUCAGACCGACGAGGAAAAGAGGCUCAAGAUGCCGGUAGUGAUGCCGAUGUUCGACCGAUUAACGUGUUCGAUACCGAAAUCGCAAAUCGGUUUCGUCGAUUACAUCAUCAACGACAUGAUCGAGGCUUGGGAUGUGUUCAUCGACAUGCCGGAAAUGGUGGGCUACAUGCGGCAGAAUUACGUUAAAUGGAAAGAGUAUAAUGAGCAAGGUAUCUCGACUCUGCAGGACCUCGAGAAGCUACAGCAACAUCCCGAUUUGCAGAUACCGCGAUUACCUUCGUGAAGACAGCGUGUUGUUUUUCUCAUUUUUUGUUGUUGUUACAUUUAUGCUGCGACUAUCUGCGCGCAAAGACGUGUGUAUAAUAUUUAUAUAUAUUUAAGAAUAAGCGGACACACACAUAUAUAUAUAUAUGAUAAGAUGCAAAUCAGUUCCAGGAAAAUAUAUGCAAUUUGCUUGUUUCCGCGCGCGCGCGCGCCGUAUAUUUGUAUUUUAUGUAUAGCUCCGUUUUCCUCUCUCGGUUUUAUCUAGCUAUUUUAAAACACGUGACGCACAUCAGCAAGAUGCAUAUAGUAUAAAGUAAGGAAAUACCUUUGCGCGUAGCUUCCGUAAUUCUCUGUGUGUGUGUGUAUGUGUGUGUUUACUUCGAGAUCAUUGGCUGCGAAUUUUGGCGCGCGUACGUGAUCAUUAAAAACAAAUAUUGUACAUGAAAGCGGCUCUAAUAAAAACUAAAAAAAAAAAGACUCAAGAGAAAGAAAUAUACGUUGAAAUCAUUUUUUGUCAAGCCUCCAGAAUCCCUUAAAAAUCGCCACUUCGUAAAUUUAAUUUCUUACUGUGAAACUUCGACGAUGCGCAGUUGUGCUACUUGGAAGGGAGGACUUGGUGUAAAUUUAAACAUUUGAAAGAAAAACAGAGACUCAAAUAAUUAUGGAUCCGGAUACCACUUUAUUGUAUUUUUUCUUCUCCUCUUACUUUUUGCCAAGAAAUGGCGCCGGGCCUAUUUCUAUGCGCAUGAGUAUAUAGAAUUAAAAAAUUAAAAAACCAGAUAUAUAUGUGUAUAUAUACAUAAAUAAGUUUAUAAGCUGUUUAUAUAUAUAUAUAUAUAUCGAGAUGGAAUUCCGCGUUAAAAGUUCGAAUAUCUAAAAUUCUGACAACUAAGAAAACGUGUAUAAUAUGUAAUUUCGGAUUGUUACGAAUUACAAAUCUGUGUUGUUUCUUUUUCGUUUUUUUUUUUAUUUUUUAUUUUUUUUUUUUUUUGUUCUUCACGUAAGUGUAGAAAGUACGCAUUCGCUCUGCUCAAAUCUCUGCUCUGACAUAACAUGUACGUUUGUUGUAUAUAAUAAUCUAUGUAAGAACGAUACAACGCGCGAAAUAUAUGCUGCGUAUUACAAAACCAAAGGAGAAUCGGUACAGUCGUUUUUUUUUACAUCAAUAUAUAACAUCAAUAAGUCCAUCGAGUUACAAGUAUCGCCUUUUUGUUUUUUUUAUACUUGAGUGGUUAUUUAAGUCACAUUUAUCGUGAGUUAUUUUUUGGUUUUUUUCUUUUUCUUUACGUAUGCUCUGAGAUAUACAAUACAUACAUGCACUUUUACAUCCAUAUAACGCAGAACUCCCCGUGCGGGAAGAAUCGCGUGCGAUUGAAUCAAUGGCCGUUUUAUCCAGUGUCGAGUCAUUGCAUUUCUUAUGCCUAAACAUGGGGAUCGGAGAUCCGUUUUUUUUUGUUUUUUUUGUUUUUGUUUUAAGUAUUUCUUUUAGAUCUUAUUCUAGACGAACCAUACAUUUUACAGCAACAGUACGUCGGAAUAGAAGUUGUAAAGGGCAUAUAGAGACAAGAA